CCCCGCCGCAUCCUAAUCCGACUCCCACGCGCAUGGAUCCCGACCAAGUCCUCGCCGUCGGCGUCCAGUGCGACAACCUCCCCGAAGCCAGCGCGUUCGAGAGCGGAGGAGCCGGCAGCGACGAGAGUUGGACCCACGCGCUGCUCCGCCGCGGAUGGGACCUGUCCCGGAAGGCCGCCAUCGCAGGCGUCGCCGCCACGGCCGCGCCCAUCGUCGCCCCGCCCAUAAUAAUCCUGUUCGUCGCCGGCGUCGCUCUGUCCGUCCCCUUCGCCGCCUACCUUGCCAGCCUCGCCGCCACCGACCGCCUCAUGGGCGCACUCCUUCCGCCCUCGCCGGCGCAGCCGUACCACAACUUCGACCCGGAAGACGAAGAGUCCGAGCUAGAGUUCCUCGACGCAUCAGAAGCGCCCGGCGAAGAAGCUCUGGUUUUUGACUACUGGAGCAAAACAGAGGAGGACGCCAUCAUGGAGGAAAACGAAAGCUUCCCAUCGUUGCCGCUGUCACGGGAACCUCGUGUCUCCGAGUCCGAGGUGCCGAUGCCGCAAUUGGCCAACGAGUACGAUGCCAUUGCAGAAGGUGGAUUUGCUGUCCUAGAAUUCAGUUACGAAUCAUUUGUGUUGAAGAAUAGGGAGCAGAAAGAGGAGGUCCCAACCAUGGUGGACAAUGAGUAUAUCACCUUGGAGGCGCUGCCGCAGGGCUUUGAUGUUUCCGGAUCAGCAGCGCCAGUGUUGCGCAACAAAGACAAUAUGGUUAGCAGAAUUUUAGAAGCUCCAGUUCCUGCAAAGGAAUCAGUCCAAGAGUUAUCUGUAUCAGACAAUGGGGAUAAAAUGGAGGAUGGCAAAUGCACAACGGAGAAAAUGGAGUCUAGCAAGGAGAUGCAGUCACUGGGCCUCAACGUCACUGAAUCGAGUGACUUUCCGGUGCGGAUGCUCAGCAACGAGGAUAUUGUGGUUCACAGGGAGGGAGAGGGCGAAGUUUCUGUCCGAAAACCAGGCCAAGAUCCUCAUAUAUCAAAUAGUGGCAAUAAAACUGAGGAGCGCAAAACCGUGGAGGACAUGCCACCGUGGGACGUUAAUGUUUCUGAAUCAUCGGUGUCAGAAGACAAUACGGUUCAGAUCAAGAUAGAAGGUGAAGUCACAAUGGAGAUGGUGCUUGAAGAAGUGACGAGUAAUACCGAUCUUGUUACUGGGGAGGUGGUUGAUGUGAAAAUGGGUGUCAUUGCUACCGUGGUGCCUGAAAGAGAGUCACUGCAACCGAACGACCUUGUGGAUCACGAGUUACAGGCGACAAUGGAAGCUGCUAAUGUUGAUGAUAUUCGUGGUAGUACUGUAAUGGAAGCCGUUUUGAGGGAUACUGGUGACACGAACACAAAGGGUGACCAUGGCGAGGGAGGUGUUUGCAGUUUUGUCCCAGUGGCAUCUGUGGUGACCGUGGGUGAUGGUGAGGAUCUAUUGUCCAGUAGGAUCACACCAUAUGUCCCAGCCAGCAGAGACUGCGUGACUAGCGUCGACGGUAGGCCAGAUGUUUUCCACUCUGAUCAGAAGGUGGUAGCUGAAGAUAAGGACAUCUACACAGAGGAAGAGUUGAGGAAGCAGCUGGACACACUAAGAGUAAUAACUGGGUACCGCGCCGUGCCUUCUUCGACGCUGGAAGGCGAGCUUGCUGGCAUGUACAUAUUCGUGGGCGUGGAGCCUCCUGUAAGCUCGAGGGAUGCCUCGGACUUGAAGGAGAUCAACGCAAAACUCCAGUUCUUGAAGUCGAUCAUUGGAGUGGAGUAAAGAUCUUGGAGGGGGUUAUUUCUGAUUAGUUUUGUGGUUGUGUACACGGCAUACGUCCUGCAUACGUACUGUUCAACGGUCCAUGCUGCAUGAUAGACAUGAAAUCUGUUAGACUGUUGAGACGAGUAUCUCCCAUUCUGU